AUGAACUCGGAAAUUUUUGAUAAUCAGAUAUCGUCAAUCUUAUAUGUAAGAGCAUUGUAUGAUUUUGAUUCAAAGGACAAUUCAAGUCUAUCUUUCAAAAAGGAUGAUAUAAUACAAGUUCUAACGCGACUGGAAUCUGGCUGGUGGGACGGAGUUUGUAAUAAUGAGCGCGGUUGGUUUCCCAGUAAUUAUGUUGCUGAAGUAACCGGAAUUUUUGAGGAUGGUGAUGAGUUUGACUGGAUUACUCAACAAACCCCAGAUGGAGAUACAUUUUAUUAUAAUACAAGGACAGGUGAAUCAUCUUGGGAAGUUCCAGCGGAUGAUUGUGAAUCUCUUUCAACAACACAUACAGCAAGAGACACAAUAAGUAGCUUUAGUUCACUCUCAAGGCAAUUACCAGAGAAUUGGAUACAAAAGUUAAGCGAAGAUGACAAUAAUUAUCAUUAUUAUAAUGUAAUAACUAAGGAGAUUAGUUUGACUUAUCCCGGAGAUCCUGAUGAUGAGAUAUUCAAUUCACAUGUAGCACAUGUUGAAGACGAUUUGGGUUUAGAUGAUGAUGUUACUGAUAAAGCAAGCAUUGCAAGUUCAAAAGGUAGUCAGUUGAGUACAGCUUCAAUUGACACCAUACAACAAAGAAGUUUGCAACAAAGACGAUCUAUUGAAAAUCUUCCGCCAAAUUGGAGUACAAGAACUUUGUCUCAAGGGAGGAGUGUGUAUUAUUACAAUAAAUUAACAGAUGAGACAACUUGGAGUCUUGAUAAUAUUAAUGAUGAUGGUCAAUUAAUAAGGACAAAACACAAUGAAUCAGAUGACGAAGCUCCAAACGAACCUUUACCUCCAAUUCCCUCGAAUUCAAUAUCACGUUCACAAAAGAAAUUAAAGACUUUCGCAAAACCUUCAAUUAUCAUGCUUAAAUAUGCCAAAGACAACCUUACUUGGGAUUCUCUAUCAGAGAAUAUUGAUAUGUCUAUUCGUAAUCUGAAUUGGGCAGCUCAAAAGAAUAUGAAACAAAAUUAUACGGAUUGUAUCAACUCUAUCGUUGAUGGUGUCAGAAUUAUGCUCUAUGCUUCUGAUACUGUGGGAAAAAAUUCUAUUGCGAUCAAGCAAAACAGGAAACUUAAAUGUUAUCAUAGGAAUAUUAUGGCAUCACUCUCAAAAUUGGUUAUUUCUACAAAAUUAGCUGCAAAUGUAUGGCCUCCGCCAGAUUCUGCGCAAAAAAUGAAAAAAGAUGCUGAAGUUGUUUUAGGAGCAGUUCGAAAUUUUAUUCAAACGGCACAAGAAAAUGUUUGUAUCAAAAAAGUCGAUCCAAAAUUAAUUGAAAGUACUACAAAAGGUUCAUGGCGUGGAAAUAAUCUAGUACAAGUACAAACCAAUGUCAACCCAUCAUCAAUGUCCUCAAGUAAAUAUAAUGAUAGCACUUUAAACUCUCCUACUAGUUCAUCACAUCUUUUAACACCCGAUCUUAUCAAUUCAUUGGAUAAAAUUUCUCGUACUGUAACUCAGGCUAUUGUAUUACUUCUCAAUUAUGUUAAAAAAGUAGUUGAUACUCCUAAUUCUUCCACACCCAGUGCAAUAGGUUCUUUUUCACCUCAAUUGAUUUCGCAGACUAAACAAGUCCUUACUCAAGUUGGACAAUUUUUAGCUAUUAUAGAAGAUCUCAAUUUGCAAGACUUGAAUGAUUCUAAUUUGGCUACAAUAAAUGAAUUCAAAGUUUCCAAACAAGCAUUAUAUAAUAAUUUAUCAGGGUUGGUCAUGUGUAUUCAAGCGGCUACUUUUCCAUUGUCUUUUUUAAGCGCUAUGGAUCAAGUUUUAGUUUGCACAAAUGUUGUGGAUAAAUCUGUUAAAGAUGUUAUGAUUGCUACAAAAUUCCUAGUUGAAGAAAAAGAUACACUGGAUCAAAUGAAAACUCAAGGGACGCGUUCAAGGCGUUCUAGCAAUGUUGAUUCGACAACAAAAAUACGUCCCUCAAACAAUUCUAAUCCUCUUGAUCAAAUUGAUGAGAAUGACACUGUAGACGAUCAAACUAUUUCAGCUACUACUACUUUUCUCCCGAUUUCUAAAUCAACUGUUCCUGAAGGUGAUGUUGAUGAUAACUCAACAAUGAUUGGUGAAGAUUUUAGCGCUAAUGAUGUUCCAAUUUCACCCACUUCAAACAGACGUUCAUUUGCAAGCAGGUUACGUUCUAAUAGUUCAACAACUGCCGCAUCAUUUAAUUCAUUUUCUACAACACAUCGUACAAACACUCAGCAUAGUGCUCCUUCGGUUACGAAUACAAACAGUACAGUAGAAAUGCGUAACACUCAAUCAAAAAAACAAAUGGUAGAUAAACCUUGGUUCCUUAAUUAUGAUUAUGAUCCUUCAGAAUUGGUAUUUAAUAUGGAAAAUUGUGUAAAAGGAGGAACAUUAAAUGCUUUGGUUGAAAGAUUAACUAUGCAUGAUAUAUUAGAUUCUAAUUUUAUUGCAACAUUCCUGUUAACAUAUAGAUCUUUCUGUACAACUGACGACUUCUUUGAUAUGCUAGUUAAAAGAUUUAUGAUUCAACCACCUGAAAAUUUAACCCCUGCAGAGUUAGAGGUUUGGCAAGAGAAAAAGCAAACACCUAUUAGAUUAAGAGUUUUUAAUAUCAUGAAAACUUGGUUAGAAAAUUAUUAUAUAGAUGAUGAUGAUGCAAUUUGUUUAGAAAGAGUGAAAGAGUUUGCAAAAACAACAAUGUAUGAUAACCUGGCCUUUGCCGCAGUUAGUUUAACAAAACAACAACAACCAAGAGAUGCCGUAUUUAAAGCAAUGGUUAUGACAAAUUCUGAUUCUCCGCCCCCACCAAUUUUGCCAAAGAAUAUAAAUAAUCUCAAAUUUUUAGAUUUAGAUCCGUUAGAAAUUGCUAGACAAUUGACCUUAAUAGAAAGUAAACUAUAUAAUAAAAUUCGACCUAUAGAAUGUCUAAAUAAAGCUUGGAGUAAAGGUGAAGGUGAUAUAGCAGAAAACAUUAAUUCCAUGAUCGAGAGUAGUAAUAAGAUAACCGGAUGGGUGACCGAAUCAGUUUUAGAUCAAUCAGAGAUUAGGAGGAGAUGUUUGUAUAUCAAACAUUUUAUAGCGAUAGCUGAUAAGUGUAGAAUUUUAAACAAUUUCAACUCACUCACUGCAAUUACUUCUGGGUUGUAUUCUGCUCCAAUUCAUCGGUUGAGACGUACAUGGGAAACGGUUAAUGCGAAAACCAUUGCAACUCUCGAUAUUCUUAGUAAAAUUAUGAAUUCAACAAAGAACUUUGCCGAAUAUAGAGAAAUGUUACAUAGUAUAAACCCUCCAUGCGUACCAUUUUUUGGUUUAUAUUUGACUGAUCUUACAUUCAUUGAAGAUGGAAAUCCUAAUUAUCUUAAAAAUUCCAAUAAUAAAUUGAUUAAUUUUUCAAAACGUAUGAAAACAGCAGAAGUUAUACGCGAAAUUCAACAGUAUCAAUCAGCACCUUAUAAACUUAGUCCUGUACAAGAAGUCCAAACGUUUAUACAUUUUCAUUUACGAGAUAGUAGUGAUGUUAAAGAUUUAUACAACAAGAGUCUUUUAUUAGAACCAAGGGAACGUGAUGAUGAAAAAAUUGCUCGUUUAUUACAAGAAUCUG